AUGGUCGAACAGUCAGAGUUCGCAUGGCGACUACUCUCGCGCUCGUUCCUCCCCAAAUCUCAGCAGAAAGACCUCCUAGCAUACACCCCAAUGUUCCACUCGAAGAUGUUCGGCGAGAAGAGCAACUACCGCGACGCCCACUUCCAACCCCUCAAAUCGACUAUCCCUUCACCCAGCGACGAAUACCACCUCUCACAACUACCCGACUCGGAAAGACAUCUCGACGGCAACCCUGCGUUCGACCGACCGCUUACCGUACAAUUCUGCUCAAACGACCCCGAGGACUUCCUGCGCGCGGCGAAACACGUUGCGCCCUUUUGCGACGCGGUAGAUCUGAAUCUGGGUUGUCCACAAGGAAUCGCGAAAAGGGGAAAAUAUGGCGCAUUCCUGCAGGAAGACUGGGAUCUGAUAUCGAGGAUGAUACGCAAACUACACGAUGAGCUAGACGUCCCAGUCACAGCGAAGAUGCGUGUCCUCGAAACACCAGAGAAAACCCUCGCAUACGCAAAGACACUGCUAGAUGCAGGCGCAAGCAUCAUCACAGUGCACGGCCGACGCCGAGAACAAAAAGGCCACAACACCGGCCUCGCAGACUGGAAGAUGAUUCGGCAUCUACGGGAGAACCUUCCUAAGGAGACUGUUAUCUUCGCCAACGGCAACAUCCUCCAACACGAAGACAUCGCCGCGUGUCUGGAAGCCACAGGCGCAGACGGCGUCAUGAGCGCAGAAGGAAACCUUUACGACCCUACUAUCUUCGCUGCACCACCGCCACCCGGCCAGGAAGGACGCGAAUACUGGCGCGGACGCGACGGGAAGGGUGGGUACAGGAUGGACGCAGUCAUGAGACGGUAUAUGGACAUCAUCCACAAAUACGCCCUCGGUCAAGACCCGCCACAACGGAAACCGCUCUGGAUGCCCGGCGAUCCCGACGUCGAAGACCCAUCAAAACAAUCGCAAGAAACAGCCCAUUCCCAUUCCAACACAAACACGAACGCAGCAGAAAACGGCAAAAGAGCAGGUGAUCACGAGGAUAGUCAGCCAAAGAAGAAACAAAAACCCUUGUCUAAAGCUGCGAAAAAGAAGGAGGCUAGCAACCCCAAUCUCACGGCUAUGCAAGCCCAUCUGUUUCAUCUGUUGCGUCCGCUGGUUUCGAAACAUCAUAAUGUGCGAGACGCGCUUGCGCGGUCACGGACGGGCGAUAUUGAGGCGUUUGAGAACGUACUGAAUUUGGUUGAGAAGGCUGUAAAAGAGGGGAUUAUGAAGUACGAAGAAGAAAACGCUAAUGAUUCCACCAAACCGACCUCCACAACAACAACAACAACAACAACAACAACAACAACAACAACGGUGAAAGAAGAGGCAAAUGGUGCAAAAGAAGAGGGGGAGGAACUAGACCCCUACGAAUCCUCCCUCGCGACCGUCGCGCGUGUCAAAAGACCGUAUUGGGUGUGUCAGCCGUAUGUCAGGCCACUGCCAAAAGAGGCGUUGGAGAAGGGGAGUAUGACUGUUAGUAAGAAGGAGAGGAAGAGGUUGGAGGAGGAGAAGGAGAGGGCGGAGAAGGCCGUGAAGAAGGGGGAUGAGGAGGUUAAGAGUGUGGGGUUGGUGCCUGGGGGGAGGGUUGAGGAGAAGGUAGUAGGAGUGGAGGGUGGGGAUGGGAAGGCGGAUGGGGAGAAGGAGGAGGUUGUUGAGGAGCCGAGGGACGGUAUGGUCUGUGGCUAA